GGCGCCCCCUGAGCUGCAGCUGUACAGUGUGGUUAUAAUACAUUCAUGGUUGGGAGAAAAUAACGACUUCUGAACAUAUAGUAUCAUAGUUCUCUGGUCUAACAGCUUCGGGGGGAUCAAAGCCGUUUUUUCGCCGUGGAAAAUGGGUUUACAGCGAUUGCUAUGCGGGACACUGGAGGGUUACUCCAAACAGUUUCGAUUCGUUGACAUUCAGCAAAAAGUCAGGGUCUUUCAAAAAGCGUCGAUGUCCAUACAGACUUCACCGAGCACGUCCAACAUUGUCAACCGGGUUGCAUGUGUAGCUGGUCUGUGUAGCAGGAUAUUCGUCCAGACGAGCCGCCGCGGUGCCGCUAACAGACAGCUGUCCGCCCGCCGCAGCCUCUGCACCUCCGCCCAGCCCUCCAGAGACGUCGUCCUGUUCGAGCACGACAGAACCCGCUUCUUUCGUCUCCUCUCGGUCUUCUGCGGCGGCCAGUUUCUCUUCUGGACAUACCUGGGCCACUUCGCUUACACUGGGCUCAGAGACACAGGUGGCGCUACAGAGAAAAGGAAAGCCGAAGCGUCCACCACCACCACCACCGGGCUGGCUGGGAUGUGGAGUUUUGAGCUCAACCUGGGGUCAAACACCUGGAGGUACGGCUUUACGCUGGGAUGCCUGGCAAUAGGAGCGGGGAUUGUCGGGCUCGGGGUCUUGUUCUGCAGGCGCUCUGUCAGCCAGGUGGUUUUACACCAAGGUGGGAGGAUGGUGACAGUUUCCACGCAGUCACCUUUGGGACCAGGCCGAGGCCGGAGAAUAACUGUCCCACUGUCCCAGGUAGCCUGUCAUGCUCACAGACAUGAGUCCCCCUCGUUCAUCCCCCUCAGGGUCAAAGGACACAAGUUUUACUUUCUUCUGGACAAAGAGGGGACCGUGAACAACGCUAGGCUGUUUGAUAUCACUGUUGGGGCUUACCGGCCAGUUUAAGUUGGUAUGGUUAUUAAAUAGUUGCCAAAACUGUGUUGGACACCAAACACCAAUGGAACUGGUCCACAGAAAGUGAUUUGACAUGGCUGCCAAACAUAUGUCAAUUUCUGUUUGAUUCUCUCUCUUCAAUUAAAUAAAAUCUGAGAUCAAAUAU